AUGGACGGUGUUGGUCUGCAGGCCCGAGCGGCGGGCAAUGUUGCACCGGAGGCUGCUCUUGCAUGGGCCAUGCAGAGCUCAGGUGGCUCGUCCUCAUCCUCCAGGUCUAGGACUUCUGCUAAGGCUAUGCGAACGCUUCAUUGCAUGGACCCAGGUGAGGCCGGGGUGUUUGCAAACACCGCAACGUGGGAGCUCUGCAUCGCAUCCAUCUGCCUGGGCUUGACAGGUCGUGGACUGACUCGCCGAAGACGCUAUCGAACUGCGCGGCAGGCUAUGGGCAAACUCGUGCGACCACCGCUGCCGCCGUACAUGCAAGCAGAUAGCCAGGCGCUGCUGCCGCAAGCCUCCCAGGACAUCUAUGUUCACCCAGCUUCUCGCGGGGUGGAACAUGCUUUGACGAGUGAUUCGUUGAGGACGCUGUGCAAAGCCCUGGCGUCGGCAUCCGGCUCGUUUUUAUCGAAUCCUGAGAAGGGGCUGGACAGAACUCGGAGACCGAAGAUGGAUGCGACCUUGACAAUCAGGGCACUGCUUCGAUACAGCGAGUUGCGACAUACAGCUGGCGACGAUUUGCUGCCCCAAGACUACCUCGGGGAAAGCGGCCAGGGCCUUCGAGCUUUGCUGAAGCACUGCCGGAACUACCAGCUGGAGGUGGCAUCUGCUCUGGAGUCACGAGAGGAGGACACGGUUCGGAUGAUCCGGGCAUUCCACGACCAGGUGGAUUUGGUCAAGAAGUAUCUGCCCUUUUUCCGCACGACCCUCGAGAAGUCCUUCCCUGCUCUCCUCAGGCAGAGCGUGGAGCCGAUGCCCCGGCUGAUCAGCUUCCUGGAUUCCUUUGGCGAGGUCCAGCUGAGCUUCCUGUACGAAGCGGCGAAAGACAAAGUGUUCAAGGCGCGCUUCGCCGAGAUGCAACCACGCCACCUUCUUGAGGUCACAGACAAGUGGGUCAGCAAAGCUCGCAGUGGCGAGCUGGCCAUCGUACAGUCGCACAAGGCCAAAGUGGUGGUGCGGCAUGUCGCCAGCCUAGACAUCUCGCUGCCUCCAGAAGAGAGAGCGGUCUGGAUGAGCCUGGCAAUCUGGGGCUCAGUUCUCGAGACGUCGCCAGAAGUGGAGCUGAUCGAGGACCGAAUUCGCAAAGGUGCCUUGACUCGCGGCGAUCCGGUGGAGAUGCUUUCUUUGGCGGAGGGCAUGGGUGACAUUCAUGGCUUCAGUGAUGAGAUGUUUGACAUGAUACAGGCCCCGAUCAACCAGGCCAUGCUGCGCAUGGGCCCAGAGAGGGCAUCGCAGGCAUUGGCCUCGCUGACCUUCAGAACAGGCUAUCUCCAAAAGCCUGCUGACAAGGCACUGGCUCGUCUUCUCAAGCCAGAAAGACUCGUGAAGAAAGUUUACAAGUGGAAAUUAGGAGAUGACCGGUACUUCCCAAAAUUGAAGAAGAAGGAUCCUCCGAAGCCAAAGAGGCCGAAGGAGGCUCUUGCCGGUCUCAUCGUCAAGGUCCUCGGCUUCUUCACCGAGAACAUGCCUUUGACUGCUCUAGAGUACGUCCUUGCCAAGUGGGUGCGGAAGAAUUUCCGCCUGGAGGCAUGCUACGAGGUGGCCAGUGACCACCUCUUUCGGAUCAUUGCUGGAGAGGAAAACCUUGUGGAUCCUGAGAAAAGCGAGGAGGACGUUCUGGUUCCGCCGGGGUCUUUCGCCAGAUGCGGCCAGCACUUGGUCGGACUUGGUUUGCCGGGCUACACCUUUGCACCUGCAGUGGAUUGGCUGCUCUGCCACCAGGUCGGCUGGACGGAGCGCAAGGCCUUCCCUGAAGAAGCCGUCUCCGAGGAUGUAGCCUCACUGGAGGAUGCGACGAAGAGGAGGCGCGCUGCCGCAACGAAGCUUGUCGAGUCCUCGCUUCCUUUGCUCAGCCAUUUGUGGCCUGUCCAGAUGUCGGAAGGAGAAACCGAGGAUGCCAGCAUGGAGCAGUUCUCAUUGCAAAAUGCGGACGAGCUGCUGCGGCUCGUCGGGCGAACAGAGGACAGACAGGGCAGAAAGCGCAAGGCAGAUGUGGCAGCAAACGAGCUGGUACAGCGCCUUUCAACGCAGCUGAUGUUCGAUGAUCUCCCCCAGAAGGCCGAGACGGCCAUGUGUGCAUGGCGAGAAGAUCAGCCUGAAACCUCUCUUAGCACUAUAGUCGCACCUCUGCUGCUCGAGGCAGCGCACAUCGGUGCAGAAAGAGGGAUGCCAGAGCAGCGACCCGGUGGUGUUCUGUCGCGGUCUGUGUCACUGCUAGCCCAAGCCAUCAAUUUGCAAGAGCUAAGUCUGCAAUCUGCUGAGUGGGCGCUGAUUCCGUUCGAAGCCGCAGAAAGCAGCGAGGAAGCUGUCUCACUGGUGGCUGCCUCCUGUGCUGUGGGUGGCGUGCCAGAGGACGUCAUGGCUGAAACCUGCACAGCUUGGUUGGACUUGGGGAACGGGAAGGAGUUCGAGACAAAGGCCUGGCAGCUGUCUUUCGGCAUUUGCAAGUCGCUUGACAUGUCUGCCUUUGUGUGCUUAGCAGGCCUGGCACAGCUCCGAAAGGCCUUCCUGAUCCAGCAGAGCUUCCGGAUUCUACUUGAGUACCCCAUGUUCGUUGCUGCAGAUGCUAUCUCCGAAGCUGCUCAAAGCGAUGUGCCCGGCCACCCUCACCGCCUUCGCCAUUCGCAGCAUGCAGCCUUGAUGAUGUCAGCAAUGUCCAUGGACCAGCUCUGGCGGACGUCUACCCGUCACCAUGCACCCCGCCGAUACAAAGCAUACAUGAGAUUACUUUCCACCCUCAUGGAGCUGGAAUGCAUCGCAGCAUUCAGCGGUUGCUUUCCUGGUGGAUGGGAGCACGAAGCCAGAGUCUCGAACAGAGCUUGCGGCUUUUUCCGGACAGAAGUGUCGAACGUGCUCGUUAUUGACAACGAAACUGAAGCAGGGACAGCAUAUCAGCAGGCUGGCAUCAACGCGAUCGUGGCAGAAUCCAGUUUCGCAGCUCACCCAUGCUACGGCCAUAACCUCCAAGUUGGCAAUACAGCCAAGUAUGAGGAGCACAUAUCCCUGAGGGUGAUGGCGCUUGCCUUGGGCAUCAAUCUUGAGAAGACACGCAGCUACUGGAUCCCAUCUUGGGAUACUCAUGUCGAGCUUACCGGCGUGUCUUGCGACACUGCGCACUCACUCUGGUGGCAUCUCGCCCUUCGUGCGCCUCUGCAGGUGAACACAGAAGGAUGGGUUGUGAAUGUGGGUGCCGGCGAUGGCUCGUGUUCCUACGGAGCAGCCCGCGGAGUCUUCCAAGAUCUAGAUGUCUUCAAGGCUGGUGAUCCAGCGAACUGCUUGCUGCAUGCCGGCUUCCAGGGCAUUCUCUUUGAAGGUGAUUCCGAGAAGGCUCAACAUGUGCGGCAGGUGUUUGCCCAAAGAGAAGGCAUUUGGGUGGUCGACAAUACAACAAAUCCGUUUAAGGUGCUGAAGCAGGUUGUCGCUUAUCGUGAUAGCUUCGAUCUGCGAACGCAGCCUUUGCUUUUGAAAGUCGAUGUCGAUAAUUGCGACUGCUGCUUCGUCAUGGCUCUGCUGGAGAGAGGUUUGCGGCCUCAACAUAUACACGUCGAGGUCAACUCCUUCGUUCCUCCGCCCAUCUUUUUCCGACCGGUGGAAUUCGACAACUCCAUAAAAGGAGACUCAACGCUUGAAAUUGGUCCUGAAAGUGGCUUCAGGGGCCACAUGGUGCAUUGUUCACUGGCUGCCUUUGCUGAGCAGCUGGAGCCUUUUGGCUACAAGCUGGUGCAGCUGUACUUGCAUGAUGCUCAUUUCGCUCGACAGGAUGUGAUACAAGGGGAUGUCGGCGAAGCAGGAACAUCCCGACAGCUUUGGUACGAGAUUGAAGAUCUGGAACUGGCAUGGAAUGCGGGCUUCUACUGCCAUCCACUUCGACCCACUCAGCCCCUUGAGGUGGAAUACAAGAGGAUGUUCCUUUACGACUACCGUCAGUGGAAUGACAAGUCACUCUCCGUCGAGCUACGUCUACGUUUGCUGAGAGAGUACUUGGACCGCUGGCAGAAGCCGCGGAGCAACUACGAGCUGCGAGUCGUGGGAAUCCCCGCCCGAACGGCCUCGUCCCUUCGCGGCGCUUUGGGUGGUCUGGCGGUUUUGCUCGAUGCGAUCGAUGGAAAACCACCAUCCUUGUCGGAGCUUGCUAGAGCGAAAGAGGCAAUCUUAGCUGAAUUGGGCGGAAAAGGAAUGGCAGCCUUGGCAGAUGCCGUGGCGUUGUCCUGGUCCAUGGCCAUGCCUGGCCUGCGUCCAGCAGUGGCCGCACUGCACUUCGAGCAGUGGUGGAACGGCCAAGAAAGCCGACAAGAGUUGGUUGCUCAAAUUGCUGGCUCUGGACUACAGGAGCUGUCUUGGAACUUAAGUCUCAAGCUCAAAGCCACCUUUGCCGACAAGAAGCCCACGGAAUACGCUUCUCCAGCUUGGCGAGUGGAGGGCGUUCAGAAAGUCCCUUGGUUUGUGCCAUCUGGAGUCGUGAAGGAAGCAAGCAAGGUAAAUCCAGUUGGCUUGCAGAAAGAUCGGAAGAAGCCUCCAGGCUUUAUCGGGUCGAAGACCGCAAAGAAAGGUGCCGAGGAGAAAAGCGGCGGACGCUGCAUGUACUGUGCCAGCACCUACAAGUUGCGGGCGAAGCACUUCUUUCCGCCAGAACUCGGUGGAACGGACUAUGUCUCCAACGUCUCGAUGGUCUGCGAGCUUUGCUCAGACAUGCACGAAGCACUGGGUCCGAAAAGGUGGGGUGAAGUGCUGUCUGCAGAACCAGAAGAGGCUGCGGAGGUCUGGUGGGAGGCGCAAAAGAAGGCCAGCAUAAGUACAGUAGCUAUGGCAAACUUCAUGGAUGAGCUAGCUACAGGUUCUCGUCGCACAUGGCGGGAUCUGUGCAAGAAGGAGACGCCCACGGUGGGGUCUGAUGGUAUGCUGCAGGGCAGUUGGAGGGAAGCGGUCGUGGCGGCGGUUGCUUGUGAAAAGGCAGGCAAAGCCGGAAGAUUUGCGGAUGGCCCGGCGGGUCAAGUGUUGGACUACAUGCUGGAGCGGGGCUUCAACAAGUUCUAUACAAAUGCGGAGCAAACGGAGGAAGCAGCGCAUGCCGGUCGGAUUCGUCCAUCUAUGGCACCAUCCGGUGCAGGAGCGGCGAUCGACUCCUGGUCCGGGGGUGGCAAGCCGCAUGAGUAUCGUCCAGGGAAGGACGAUGGCAAGAAGCCCGGCUCCGGUGAUCUUCAGAUCAGGUGCGGCAACUGCGGCAAUGUUUACGGUGUUGCGGUGCCACCAGGCACUGCGCCCGGUGCCACCGUGCAAGCGAGGUGUCCGCACUGCGGCACCACCAACCAGGCUGCAAUGCCACACACCGGAGGUUCUCCGAGCAGCCCAAUGAAAUUCAGCGGUGGAGGAGCACCACCUAGAGCCUCAGGCCGUCAGAAAGCCUUGUUGAUCGGAGUGAACUACUUCGGCACGCGAGCGGAACUGCGAGGUUGCAUCAACGACGUCCACAAUUUGUUCCGCCUCCUGACAGAGACUUAUGGGUGGCAGGCUCACAACAUCAGAACACUUACUGACGAUGGCCGCGGAGGAGGAAUGCCCACGCGCCACAACAUCACUCAGCACCUCCGUUGGCUUGCAGAGGAUGCCAUGCCAGGGGAUGUACUGUUCUUCAGCUUCUCGGGCCACGGAGCCCAGAAAGAAGAUCCGCAAGGCUUCGAGGAGGAUGGCAUGAACGAAACGAUCCUUCCCGUCGAUUUCGAGCGUGCUGGAAUGAUGACAGAUGACGAAGUGAGUGACUACAUCGUCAAACCCCUGCCAGAAGGAGUCAGGCUGACGAGCGUGAUGGACUGCUGCCACAGUGGCAGUGGCUUGGAUCUUCCGUUCACUUGGGAUCCGCGACGGGGCAUGUGGCGUGAAGCCGUGAACCCGUUCCUUUGUAGAGGCGACGUUCUCAUGUUCAGUGGUUGUGAAGAUGACGACACAUCUUCGGAUGCAGCCUCCAUGUAUGCAGCACCUGGAGGUGCAAUGACGACAGCUUUUUGUGACGUGCUUCGCAGAAACCCUCGCCCGAUAUACCCAGAGCUGUUGCAACUCCUCCAUCGACACCUGAGCAUGGGUGGCUUUUCCCAGCGGCCGGUGCUGAGCUCUUCUCAGCAGUUUUCGCUCGAUCGGCCAUUCUCUUUCGAUGACAUCCAUCCGAACAUGAACAGCCAACUUGGUCGCAUCUUCAGACAGCGCUUCCCACCGAGGCCUCGGCCAAUGAGUGGGCCGCUCGCAGACAUGCUUGGGCCCUUGGGCAUGCUGGCAGGUGGUUUGGUUGUCGGCGCCCUCGCUGGGGAAGCCCUCGAAGGUGGUGUCGGACUGCUUGGAGCUCUGUUUGGGUAG